ACGACUACACUAUCCAGCAAAGAAUGAAUUCAUGCCUUCACAUACGUAUCUUUCGCCAGAGCAAAAACCUGAAAACGUAAACCACAUCGACACAUUCAAACCCAACAUGUUCAAACUAUCCGAACUGGUACGCUGGCUGGGCCUAACUGAAUUUGAAAUCCUCACAAAUCUCGUCGCGAUCUUGGUAUUCAGCAUAAUCCUCACACUGAAGCUAUCCGGCGACUUGGCUGAGACAAGCAUUGAUUGGUUCGGCACCUUCACCCCAUUAUUCUGUGGCGACGUUUGCAAUGCAUACUUCUGCGUGAUUGUGGGAAUUCGAAUGUAUAUUUCAAACGACAACAAACGGAAAGCAUUGCACCGUUUUCUAUGGAGCACAUAUUUUCUAGUUUUAACGGCUAUUUUUAAGUACUUGCUAUGUCUUAAACUAUCUGGUCAAACAGGAUUGGAGUACAGCGAAGUGUUUUCGCCUAUUUUCGUUUUAUUACAACUUGUAGCGGUUCGGGCGUGUCAAUUGCCCAACUCGAAUUAACAAAAAUCGAUCACAAUACGUUUUUAUAAUAAUAAUGUUAGCUAUAAAGUGUAAAAUAAAGUUUUAUUGCAAUAAAAAAA